AUGCACCGAAGAGAAAUUCUUUGGAGACCUCUACCUGGCCAUCUACUUGAGGUCUGCCAGCAUCCAAACUCUCGAAUGAGUGAAUGGGGAGCAGAAGCUUUAACUUCACUUAUUAAAGCAGGAUUAACAUUUAACCAUGAUCCUCCACUUUCACAAAACCAGAGGCUGCAGUUGCUUUUAUUGAACCCAUUAAAGGAGAUGUCCAGUAUUAACCAUCCAGAUACCCGACUCAAGCAAUUAGAAUGUGUGCUGCAGAUUCUUCAGAGUCAGGGAGACAGUCUUGGACCUGAAUGGCCAUUAGUGCUUGUAGUCAUGGGAGCAAUCAGAAAUGAUCAAGGAGAAUCCUUGAUACGAACUGCAUUCCAGUGUCUUCAGUUGGUCACGACAGAUUUUCUACCAGCAAUGCCUUGUACGUGCCUGCAGAUUGUUGUAGAUGUUGCAGGUAGCUUUGGACUUCAUAACCAAGAACUUAAUAUUAAUUUGACUUCAAUAGGUUUAUUGUGGAAUAUUUCAGAUUAUUUUUUCCAAGGAGGAGAAACUAUUGAAAAAGAAUUAAAUAAAGAAGAGGCAGCCCAGCAAAAGCAGGCAGAAGAGAAAGGAGUUGUUUUAAAUCGGCCUUUCCAUCCGGCACCACCUUUUGAUUGCUUGUGGUUGUGUCUUUAUGCAAACUUGGGUGAACUCUGUGUGGACCCCCGUCCUGCUGUGAGGAAGAGUGCAGGACAAACUCUGUUUUCAACAAUUGGUGCACAUGGAACUUUAUUACAGCACUCAACAUCGCACACUGUUAUUUGGAAGGUUCUCUUUCAUCUACUGGGCCGAGUUUGGGAGUCUUCUACCACUGCAGACAAAGAAAAGAUUGAGUCUGGAGGUGGCAAUAUUCUCAUUCAUCAUUCAAGGGACACGGCAGAGAAGCAGUGGGCAGAGACCUGGGUUUUAACAUUGGCCGGAGUAGCAAGAGUCUUUAACACUAGAAGAUACUUACUGCAACCUUUAGGAGAUUUUUCAAGAGCAUGGGAUGUUUUUCUUGAUCAUAUGUCAGCAGCACUCAGCAAAAACAACGGAGUAUCUCUGGCUGCACUGAAAAGCUUCCAGAAAAUUUUACAGAUUGUGUCCCCCGUCAGAGACCCAGAUAAGCCCGAGACACCACCUGCAGUUAAUGUACCUGUGCCUGUCCUUAUAGGGUCCAUAUCAGGCCCUGGCCUGAGCAGGCCAUUUGUAAGAACAGAUUCCGUUGGAGAGAGACUUGGAAGAUAUAGUAGCUCUGAGCCACCCAUAGUUACCGAUGAGCUUGAAGAUUUGAAUCUCUGGUGGGCUGCAUGGAAUACCUGGUAUAGAAUCAGAUUGGAAAGCACUAAGCCUCCUGUUACUUUUGACAAACUGACUUUCAUUCCCAGCCAGCCUUUCCUUACCGCUUUAAUUCAGAUAUUUCCAGCUCUCUACCAACACAUAAAAACUGGUUUCAACAUGGAUGACUUGCAAAAGCUGGGAGUCAUGUUACACAGUGCUGUGUCAGUCCCAAUAAGUUCAGAUGCAUCCCCUUUCAUUCUUCCAUCUUAUACUGAAGCAGUUUUGACAAGUUUACAGGAAGCUGUGCUUACAGCUUUAGAUGUUCUCCAAAAGGCCAUCUGCGUGGGGCCAGAAAACGUGCAGAUAAUGUAUCCAGCUAUAUUUGACCAGUUAUUGGCAUUUGUGGAAUUUUCCUGUAAACCUCAACAGUAUGGACAGCUAAAAACCAAGCACACUGCAAAUGCAAAAUAUAAUCAGGCGGAAUGGGUAGACUUGAAUUAUGUACCGUUUGCUGAAAGGUCUUUAGAAGUGGAUUUAUACCAAAAAACAGCCUGUCACAAAGCAGUCGUGAAUGAGAAGGUACUCCAGAAUAUUAUUAGGACACAUAGGGUUCCUCUCAGUUUGAAAUAUUCCUGCCCUUCUAAAAGCACAUGGAGAUUAGCAGUAUCUUCUCUCCUCAAAGUUCUUUCUCUUGGGCUACCUGUUGCCCGGCAGCAUGCUUCUUCUGGAAAAUUUGACAGUAUGUGGCCAGAACUAGCCAACACUUUUGAAGACUUUCUCUUUACGAAAGGCAUAUCUCCAGAUAAUCUCUCUAUUCAAAAAUUUCAAAGAAAUGAAAGUAUUGAUGUUGAGGUAGUUCAGCUUAUCAGCACUGAGAUACUACCUUAUGCCAAUUUUAUUCCUAAGGAAUUUGUUGGUCAGAUAAUGACUAUGCUUAAUAAGGGCUCAAUACAUUCUCAGUCAUCUUCAUUUACAGAAGCAGAGAUUGAUAUUUGUUUGAGAGAGGAAUUUUCUAAAAUGUAUUUUGAAACAUUGCUCCAGUUUUCCUUCAGUAACAAAGUCACACCUCAAGAAGGCUACAUCUCACGAAUGGCACUCUCAGUGCUUUUAAAGAGAUCUCAAGAUGUGCUGCAUCGUUAUAUAGAGGAUGAAAGAUUAAGUGGUAAAUGCCCUCUUCCAAGGCAACAAGUAACAGAAAUCAUAUUUGUUUUAAAAGCAGUCAGUACUCUCAUUGAUUCACUUAAGCAAACUCAGCUUGAGAAUGUUGAUGGAAAUACCUGGGCACAAGUGAUUGCUUUAUACCCAACUUUAGUAGAAUGCAUCACCUGCUCAUCUGCAGAAGUCUGCUCUGCACUUAAAGAGGCACUAGUUCCUUUUAAGGAUUUCAUGCAACCAGCAGCAUCCGAAGUUCAAAAUGGAGAAUCUUGGUCAGCUAUAAUAAUUUUAAAGAAGAAAGCUAUCUCAAGAAUGUUUGAUCCUCAGUGA